UACAGGUAAAACCACCUGCCAAUCAAUAAAGCUAUGAUCCAUAGCAUGAGAGAAGUACUCCGGCGGAUACACAACAUAUUCCUCAAAGUCGCUCUGUUUCCGAGCGCACUGCGGAGGCAAGGACGGCCGCGUCCCGCAGCUUCGGAGGUGCUGACCCGUCACCUGCUACAGCGGAACCUCCCUCCCUGGACCUCCUUCUGUGUUCACUACGGCGUCGUCACCAACGACCAGUUCGGGAGGUCCAACUUCAACUGGGCGGUAAAGGGAACCAACUACCAGAUACUGAGGACGGGGUGUUUCCCCUUUAUCAAGUACCACUGUUCCAAAGCACCAGCACAGAACUUAGACUAUGAAGACACGUUUUUCAGCAUGUUGAAAGUCAUCAAUCUAGGUCAGUGGGGAAAAGAAGCCAAGGGGAGACUAUUAUUUAAUACUGUCUCUUGAACCUGAACCUGUUUCAUAUUGAUUUAGUAGACAGUUAACUAGUUGUUUCCCCUCAUUUCUAGAAUAACUUCUUAUUCAUAUCAUGAAUGUUUUUUUUUGUCCCAGAAUUGUACAUAUAGGCCUUAAACUAUACAGUCUACUGCAAACAGAGUGCAACACAAAACGAAUGUAAUUGCUGCCCCUGUCUUGCAGGUAUCCCGUGUUUGGCAUAUGGCAUGGGCUGUCUGAUGGUAAUAACCGCUGAAGAGACCGUACAGACUAGUGCUGGACCUGUCACUGUAUAUUUUGCCUUCAAAGAGAAAGACACACAGUAUUAAAACGAUCUAUUUAUGUACUUGGAAGCUAGUUUUAUUUUGAGUGUUAAUACCGUGCACUGGAUUGAGACAUCUGAACUGUGUCUGUUUGUGGUGACAACAAGCAAAUCCUAAUACGACCUGAUAUUUAAGCACCACAGGACAGCGGACAUCUGCAAGACGCCUGAAGGGGGACACGC